GCGCCAAUGUUGUGGUCGGAAAUUUGACCAGUUGUCCUCUGAGCUGAUCUUUCAGUCGCCCUUCAAUCAACAGAGACAGAGCUCUUCUUGACUGGAACGGACACUGGCCUAAGAUUAAACCAUGGCAGGCGCUAUUGCACGGAAAGGCUUUGACUACCUGAAGAGCAAAGAAUUCAGGGAUUAUUUGACGAGCACGCAUUUCUGGGGUCCUGUAGCAAAUUGGGGUCUUCCCAUAGCUGCCAUCACAGAUAUGAAGAAGAGCCCUGAAAUCAUCAGUGGGAGGAUGACCUUCGCUCUGUGCUGUUACUCGCUGGUCUUCAUGAGGUUCGCCUACAAAGUGCAGCCACGCAACUGGCUAUUGUUUGCUUGCCACUUGACCAACGAGUCAGCACAACUUGUUCAGGCCAGUCGUCUCAUCAAACACAAUUUUUUCAGCAUGGAGAAGAAGGGGGAAUCUUAGUGGCAGAGUGAAGCAGAUGCAGACUGCAGAGUGGCACCGUGCUGCUUCAACGGACACCUAAACCAGGACAUCAGAACUCAUGCAUCUAAACAUUGUAUGUAAUUAGUGAAAAAGCAGCACGUACAGCAGUUAUUUAACAUGAUGUUGUCAUGAUUGAUCACCCUGAUGAAGUUUUAGUCACUUUACUACACAGACAGAAAAAAAGAUGAUGCUUUCCUCCUAGAAUUAAGGUCAACUUCUUAUUUUUAGAUUUUUGCAAUAUUGAUCAUGACACACAAUGAUACACUCAGCUAAGCAGACUGACAGAUGUCUUGCACACAGCAUCCAGUGGCUUUUGCACACUUUCAGACUUGGCUAAAGCAAUCAUUAUUUGUUAAUCAUCUCAUUUCAGGUCAUUGGCAUCAAUGUAUUUCUUACAAUGUAACUCGCUUAGGAAUUUAAGUAAUUUUGUAGAGAACUGUGGUUGAGGUCAGGUUGUGCAAAUAUGUCCACACUGUAGCCGAAUAUCAGUAAACAUGCAGACUUUCAGUCAUUAACCUUAAACAAAGAGAACGCACAGGGUUAACCUGUCAGUCUGCUGUACCCUGGAGCAAGAUAUACUGUAAAAUGUGUGUUUGAGUGUGUUUUAGGAUCCAGUUUGGCAGAGUUUUAAACAGUAUCAUAAAUUAAAUUCAAUCAAAUGUUGAAUUACACAAAGUACAUUUUGACAUCUUGUCAUGUGGUGAAACUGCCUGUGGUCUGAAUCACUAUAAUUAUAUUUCACGCUGGGACUGUUGAGGUUAUUUUGAAUGACUAAGGAAGACAAACUGCUUCUGUCAGUGCUGACCAAACAUGUACUGUGUGCUGUUGUAAAAUAUCAUUCACAUUAAUUUAUUGUCAUUGUAUAAUCCAACUUAUUUCACCUCAUUAACAUUUGGAUUCUCUGGGUUUGUUAAAAUGAACUGGCUUUAAUACACUUGA